AUACUUCGUAGUCCGAGACACGCAGAGAAGGGAGACUAUUUUCAGUCUAGGAAAAAUGCUCAUCCCUUCCUCAGAAUAAUUUGACUGUGAAGAAAGAGAUUGUGAUGAAGCCUCGGAGAGAAGGGCAGUUCUGGAUAGUGAUAGCACUAGUGCAGAAUCCAGAAUGGAUGUCCUCUUUGUAGCCAUCCUUGCUGUGCCACUCAUCCUGGGACAAGAAUAUGAGGAUGAAGAAGGACUGGAAGAGGAUGACUAUUAUCAGGUGGUCUAUUAUUACACAGUCACCCCCAACUAUGAUGACUUUGGUGCAAACUUCACUGUUGAUUACUCUAUGUUUGAGUCAGAGAACAGGCUGAACAAGUUGGAUAAGGAGGUAAUGGAAGCAGUAGAGACUACCAUUAGUCGUGAAACAGACCCUGCAGACCAUCAGAAGCCUGUAACAGAGAAACCAGUGACAGUGGAACCACAGAGUCCAGAUCUGAACAAUGCUGUAUCCAGUCUGCAGAGUCCUGGUGCACUCCUCCUGUCCUGGGCCCUCGUUCAGGGGGGGAUGUAUUUCAUGUAGAAGGAGAGGGAAGGCUGCUACGACUCAUUGGAUGGGGAUUUGGGAAGAGGAGAGUGGAAGAUUAAAUAAAUAAAUGAAGUAA